AUGGAUGCCAUGGCUUUGCCCCCAUUCCCGACCACGGCUGCUGGCCCCCGAGCGGUAUCUGUUGCCCCCGACAGGGAUCAUCCCCACACUCAGGGGGGAGGGCAGCAGGGGAGAAAGAAGAGGAAGAGGAACUUGUACAGCUGCAAUCAGCUGCGCAUCCUGGAGUCCUUUUUCCAGCGGAAGAAAUACCCCAACCUGCCUGAGGCUGAAAUGCUCUCAGGGCUGACGGGGCUCACCUACCAACAGAUCCGCGUCUGGUUCCAGAACAGGCGAGGGAAGCACCGGAGACUUUACGCUGGAGACAGGACCCCUGGGAGCAGCCUCUCCGCCCUGCAGCCCCGGCCCUACGCAGAGCCCGCACACGGCCCGCUCUCCCCGUUUGACUGGCCAGCAAACCCUGUGUGCUCGGGGCCUGACCCAGCCCUUCCGUGGGCUCUGCAGGGACCAGCGAGCUCUGCCUUUGACUCCAGAGUUCACCUGCCUCCUCGCCAAACAGCUCCCAGCCCGACGGAUUUCCAGGCCUACAGCUCAUGGGCCCCACAGAGCAUCAUGAGAACCUCGCCCCCUGCUAUGCAACCUGUGACCAUCAACUCCAGCUUCCUCCACUUCUCUGGGGUUCAGUCCAUGGAGUGUGGAGCUGUCACAGUUAAUCAAUGCUGGUGACUCAUUCUUCAUUCUGUGUGGACUCCCAGGGGACUUCACACUGGGAGUCUAACCAUGGGGAUAUAAGCCCUGGUGACAGAAAGAGUAACUUCAGUACAUGUCUGGACUCCCUUCUGGCUGUUUCCCAGCCUGCGUCAUAUAUGUCUUAGGCUCCUCCACUCCUGAGGAAUAGCUGGCAUCCUUCACUAGUGAAACUGCCAAGAUGCCUUUGCACUCUAAGGUGAA